AUGCCCAGGAGGGCCGUGAAACCGCAGGCGAUCGCGGUUAGGUUUGGAAAAGAGACCUCCUUCGCGGAGGUACUCAAAAAAGUUAAGGGGGUAACUGGUAGGGUCCCUGAUGGGGUUAGAAAUGUUAAGCAGACCAGGGCAGGGAAUCUGCUGAUAGAGUUUGCACCUGGGUCUGACCUGGAUGAACUAAGGAAAAACUUAGAUGGUAAGCUGGGAGUGAAUGUAGAGGUAGCCAAGCUACAAACAAUGAUGGAUGUAGAGAUGAGGGGGAUAGAUCCCUCGGUAGAGAAAGAGGAGGUCCUGGAAGCCAUCAGGGCUGAGCUUGGACACGAGGCCAAAGGUGUGAGGGUCAAAGUUCUCCGCACAGACCCAAGAAUGAGCAAAGUAGCGGUUGUUGAGGGACCUGUUGCGGACAUGCAACGGAUUCUGAGGGCGAACAGGAUUAUGAUUGGAUGGACGGUUAUUUCUGCGAGAGAGAUACCGAGGCUACUUAGGUGUUAUAAAUGCCAUGGUAUUGGCCACAUAGCGGGUGGCUGCAAGCUCGUUGUGGGAGAUGGCGGAUUGUGUAGGAAAUGUGGGGCUGUAGGACACCACAUGAAAGAUUGCUCAAACGAGCCAAAGUGUAGGCUCUGUGUGGAAGACGGUCUCGCCGAGAGUCAGACCGGACAUGUUGCGGCCUCUGUGAAUCUUAACCACUGUAGACUGGCGCAUGACCUGCUAGCUGUCAGUGCAAGGGAGCAGGAAGCGGACAUACUGGUGCUGUCCGAACCGUAUUUAACGCCAGAUAACUGGUUUACGGAUCUAACGGGUAGGGCUUCCAUCAGCAUCACCAACACAGGUAUAGCAAAAAGCAGGAAGUUAACGGUCCUGAGCUGUGAUAAGGGCUUUGUCUGCAUCAAUUACAAUGAUAUAUGCAUAAUGGGCGUAUAUGCCUCCCCCAACGAUAGUAGCCAAGCUUUUGAGGCACAACUAGCGUUGAUGGAGAUGUUUCUAGCUGGUAGUAAGGGGACUUUAACCAAGGUCAUAGUCGCAGGUGAUUUCAACGCUAAAUCGCCACUGUGGGGGUCGAAGAAUUGGUGCAAUAGAGGCAGGACUCUGUACCAGUGGUGUAAUGGUCUGGGACUGACUCCCACCAUAGCAAAAGGAGGUGUUACUUGUGAUAGGGGAGGGGGGUCAGUGGUUGACCUCCUUUUCUGUAGCAACGACGCCAUGAAACUCCACGUAACAUCGGAUGUAUUGGACAUGUACACGGCAUCGGACCACAGAUAUAUUGUGCGAAAGUUUGGCAGGGCUAAGACGGAUUCCAUGAGGGAGAAGGACCCGUUUGACCUAGGAAAACCAAAAAUUGAUGAAGCUGGACUCCUGGAGGAACUUAUCCGGAAAUACGGUGACGAGGCCUAUGACAAGAGAGCUAAAACGGGCACUACGUUGGAGGUAGACAGGUUUAUUGAGGACGUGGAUAGACUGGUUAACAAGUAUACUUCUUAUAGAGGCCCAUACAAGGGUAACAAAACACCUGUAUACUGGUGGAAUGAGGAUACGGCUAGAUGCAAAAAAGAGGUAAACAAGGCGAGGAGGAGACACACUAGGUUAAGGGCUAAGGGUAAUGAGAGAGAUAUAGAGGAGGCGUAUAAGGAUAUAUGGGGGAAACCGUACAAGGUGGUCACAUGGAAACUGAAGGGAAAGGGUAGUAAGCCAGAUAUACUGAGUGCCGAAGAAGUAGAGUCAGUGGUAAAGAAAUUAUUUAUCCUGUCCCCUCCGAGGCCGGAUACACCUGAAAAAAACACUGAAAUAGUGGUUAGAACUGUUGAAAAUGAAGAUGAAGUUAUAUACUUACCUGAUGAACCCGGAUGUACUGGAGCACCUGAAAAAGAAAAUAACAAUGAUAAGAAUGGAGAGAGAAGAGGUACGGGAUACUUACCUGGGGGACUGAGAGAGAUACCUGAAAGAGAAACAGAAAGUAGAGAGAGAGAAAUUAAUGUGGAAGAAGAACUGCCAGAUGUACCUGUACCUGUACCUGUCACGCUUGAGCACCGAAGAGUGGGAGGGAUUACCCCCGAAGAGAUUACCUCAGUGGUUAGAUGUCUACCAGUUAAUAAAGCGCCUGGGCCUGAUAGGAUGCCUACGUCAAUAGCAAAAAAAUUCAGCCUGAGAGCGGCUAGGUGGCUAGCGUAUAUUUAUAACACCUGUUAUGCUAGAGGAUAUUGGCCAAGGUCGUGGAAGACCGGACGUUUGGUCCUAUUACCUAAAGGGAAGGCGACAAGAGCAGAUGAGAGGGCAUAUAGGCCCCUCUCGGUAAUCUCCUUCCUGGCGAAAAUACUGGAAAAACUUAUUAAGACGCGUAUCUUAAGAGAAUUAGAAAAUAAUGACCUGGCCGAUAAUCAAUAUGGCUUUAGGAAAGGUCGCUCAACGCUCGACGCAAUGGACAAAGUGGAUGGCAUCUGGCAAAAAGCCCGCAAAGAUGGAAGGCACUGCCUCCUGAUCCUGUUGGAUGUAAAAAAUGCAUUUAACACGAUCAGGUGGGACAGUGUCAUUAGGUGCUUAGAGGAAAGAGGAUUUGCACCAGAGCUUGUUAACCUGAUAAGAAGCUACCUAGAUGAAAGGUGGAUAGUCUAUGAUGCGGCGGAGGGGGAACUCAAUUUCCAGGUGUUUGGGGGGGUUCCACAGGGCUCCGUCAUCGGCCCAAUUCUGUGGAACUUGGUAUACGACGGCUUACUGAGGGUGAGACUGCGCAGAGAUGUGCACCUGGUGGCGUAUGCGGAUGACAUUGGUAUUGUCAUCGUUGAUGUCGAUUUGGCUAGAAUGGUGUAUGUAGCACAGGAGACCAUCAAAGACCUGGGGGUAUGGUACAAGAGUGAGGGGCUGAGUCUGGCGCACCAUAAGACGGAAGCCAUUUUGUUCACGGGAAGGAAGGUAGUGGGUGGCCUUAGCGUGAUAUGUGGGGAUGCGGAGAUCAGAACUGCACGUACGGCACGGUAUCUGGGCCUUAUAUUGGGCAUGAACCAUGGUUUUAAGAGUCAUAUUGAAACCGCCUGUAGCAGGGCUCUUAAAUAUGCAGGGGUGUUGGCUCAUCUGAUGCCCAACCUUGGUGGUGCAGGAAACCUGGCCCGGAGGCUGUUUUAUAGAGUAGUAGAGUCGGUGAUACUCUACGCGGCCCCGCUAUGGGUUGGGGGUCUGGAGUUUAGAACAAAUUGCAACUUGUUGUAUAGCACACAGCGUACCGCGCUGCUAAGGGUAGCGCAAGCCUAUAGAACAACAUCAUGGGAUGCACUCUGUGUAAUAACAGGACAGAUACCCAUCGACCUGCUGGUGAAGGAAAGAGCACGCAUUUACGAGAAAAGGAAGGAAAAUAGGGAACUCAGUAUUGAGGAGAUCGUCAGGAUCAAGAAAGAAGAGAGGGAGGUGACAAUGGAUACCUGGGAGAGCAGAUGGACAGCGUCGACGAAGGGUAGGUGGACCUUCCAACUGAUUCCCAACAUAAGGGAGUGGGUUACAUGGGGACCAAAGGUUCUGAGCUACCAUGUGACCCAAGUUUUAACGGGUCAUGGGUGUUUUGGGUCGUAUCUAUUGAGGAUUGGCAAACAGGAAAACGCAUGCUGUUGGUUCUGUGAGGGACACGAAGAUAAUCCAGAACAUUUUCUACUUCAUUGUAGUCGCUGGAGGGAAAAAAGAGCAACAAUGAAUGCCACCAUAGGUGAAAAUCUAGGUGUUGGAAACUUCAUCAGGCUAUUUGGUGACAGCAGAAGUAGAGAACAGAUAAUCAUGUUUUUUAAAUCUGACAAAGGGCACUUUAGCUCGACUAUAGUUUUACCCCUGGAGUAUGGUCAUGCAUACUUUUAA